AAGGAAUUGAAAGAAAACGGUUCUCCUGCACCUUUGUUUGAAGAAACACCACCUAAAUUUCUUAUGAAAAAUAGAAAUGAAAAGAAAGAACCACUAAGUAAGAAUAAUACAGAUGGCAAAGAGAAAUGUAAGAUUGAUUUUAAUGUAAAAAGUAAUUUUCAAAUUUCAAAUGUUUAUUCAAUGAACGAAAAGGAAUUGAAAGAAAACGGUUCUCCUGCACCUUUGUUUGAAGAAACACCACCUAAAUUUCUUAUGAAAAAUAGAAAUGAAAAGAAAGAACCACUAAGUAAGAAUAAUACAGAUGGCAAAGAGAAAUGUAAAGUUGACUUUAAUGUGGGAAGCAGUUUUCAAAAUUCAAAUACUAAUUCAGUGAACGGAGAAUAUAUGAAAAGAAAACACUUUCUCUCACCUUUAUAUAGAGAAAACCCAUCAAAUUUUCAUAUUAAAAUUAGAAAAGAAGAAUAUAAUAAAGUAGAUAUGGUUGAUUCAUCUCUUAAUGAAAAAAAGAAUAUUGACUUUAGUUCAAAUAAUAAUUUUCAAAAUAUAGAAACCGAUGCAGAAAGUGAUAUAGAAUUUAAAAAAAACACGUCUUUUAUAUCUGAACAUAAAAAAUCAUCAACACUUAUAAGUGAAAAUGAAGAGAAUAAAAAGGAAGUGAUUAUUCAUGAGGACAAAUUAAAUAUGUCCAAUACUAAUAUUAGCACAAAUGAUACAGAAGAAGAAGAAAAAUCAGAAAUAGGAAUUAUAGAUGCAGAUUAUGUUUUAAAUAAAAACAGCGACGAUUAUAUAAGAGAUUUAUGUGCAAAACUGAAUCAAAGAAAUACUUUGAAAAAAAGAAAAGAAGAUGAAGAAAAAAUAGAUUUAGAUACAAGUGAUUUAGAAUCUGAUACUGGUCAUAAAAAAUGUAUUUUUGUUGACUUUAAAGAUGACUCAGAACAUUGGAUAAAGAAAUUUCCAGAGUUUGAACCUUAUACCUUGCCGGUAACUAACGAGAUGCCAGAAGAUAAUAUGCUUAAUGGAUUUAGAUCAAAAUUAGGGAAGCGCCUUUCCCACUGUGAAGUGAGUUAUUAUAAAGAAUGUGUAGAUAGAUUAUGCAAAUUUGAGUGGGAUUUUGUGCUUGAAUAUUUUAGAUAUACAAGAAGUGUUUUAUAUACACUAAUAUAUCGAUACAAAAAAGAAGUUACUGUUUCUGAAAAAAGCUCUAAAUAUUAUUAUUACAGUAAAAGAAUUAAAGAACUAUUUCCUGAAUAUAGUUUUUCGACAUGUAAAAAAAUAUUUGCUCAUUUUGAUAAAUUUAAAAAAAAUCCACUUACCGAAGCCGCAAGAGAAGAAUACAUUAGAGAUUAUUGCGAAAUGUUUAACUGUGAAAUUGAAGAGAUACCUCAAAAAUUGAGAUUUGAUUUAAAUCAUACAGCGAAAGUCUUACAUAACGUUAUAGAAAAAAUAGAAACAAUUAAUAUGAAAGAAGAACUUAUAACAUAUAAAACAGAAUUUACAAGGAAUAACGAUUAUUCAGUGUACUAUAAUGAUGAAAAUCCUUAUAUAAAAUAUUUGAAGAGAGUACAUGAUUUAUUCUUAGAGUUUAUAAAAAAAGUGAGAAAAUACCGUUAUAUUGCAAAAUAUUUUGACCAUGACAUAGAUAAAAUAACUAGAAGUUUUUCAACUCAAUUAUGUUGUUGUUAUAGAACUAUACACUUCUAUCUCUUUAAAUUCAAAAGAAUAUGCACAGAUCAGCGUCUCUCGUGGAAAUUAUUGCCUGAAUUACCAUUCGAUAAAAUUAAUUCACAUGAAAAAGUAGAGAAAAAAGUAUUUAUCGAUGAUUGUACGUUGAAUAAAGUUUUGUUAAGAUAUAAAAAUGGUCUUGAAAAGGGAACUUUUAUGGCUCAUCCCCCUUACGAUAUAUCACAUCCUGAUGCACUCUUUUGUAUUAAUCAUUUUUCAUCAACGCUGUAUUUACAAAUAUGUGAUGCACUCAUUAGUAGAAAUGUUAAUAUUUCACAAUUAAAUAAUGUAAUUACCAGUAUAUAUGCAAAUAGAUAUGGAUUAAAUGUUACUGAUGAUAUGAUUAGAGAAUUGAAAAUUGAAGAGAAAAAGUAUGAAAAUUAUAAUCCAUUAGAACAUUCUGAUCAGCUGAUUAAUGAGAAUUAUAAUAACAAGGAAAAUACAAAAAUAUCAGAAGUAUCAUCAAUUAAUGAGAAUAAUAAUAACUAUGGAACUCAAGCAUCACACGUAUCAGUACAAAAUACUAAUAAUAUAGAAACUCCAUUAUUAUUGAUUAAACAUAGUAUCGAUACUACUACAACUACUGUAAAUGAAGCAAUUAGAAAUUCUACUACUUUAAUAAAAUUAGAUAGUAGUAAAACUAUUACUUUACAAAAGGAAUGCACUAAUAAUAAGCAUGCUACUGUACAAGAAGUAGAUAAUAAAGUAUGCUCCACAGUUAUUAAACCAUCUUAUGAUUGCACUAUGUUAAAAGUAAUAGAUAAUAACUAUUGCCAAAGCAAAUAUCAUGAAGAUAAAAAGGAAAAAGCUAAACAAGAAUAUGAAAAAAAAAGAAAGCAUGAAGGUGAAGAAAAAAGAAAAAAGUUAUCAUGCAAUAAAGAGGAAAUAGGAAAUUCUAUUAAUGGAAGUAAAAAAAGGAAAGUCGAUGCAUUAAUUUCCAAUCCCAUUAAAGAACAAGAAUUUGGAAAUAAACUUUUGGAAACAAGUAUAAAUAAAAAAAAAAUAUACUUUACAAGAAAUUCAGGAAACAAGAGGAAAAUAACUAAUUAUGAUGAAAAUAUUAAAAAUUAUAAAAUACAAAAAUGUACAGAUAUUAAAGAAAAAACAGUAAAAGAAAAUUGUGAUAUUCAAAAAAUAAAAGAAGGAUAUUCAAAGAAUAAUAAUAGCAUUAAAAACAAGGAAAUCCAGAAGUUAACUGCUGAACACAUUGUGCGUGAAAAAAGCACAAAAGUAAAUUCUCAUAGUAGAAAUGCAAUUUUAAUUGAUAAGAAAAAAACGCAUAACUAUAAUUUAAGAAAAAGAACAACAAUUAUAUGUAGUACAAAUAAUAACAUAACAAAUGUAAAUAAAAAUAUGAAAAUGAAUAAAAGAAACAUAAAUAAAUUAUCAACAAAAAAAAGUACAUGA